AUUUUGGAUUACCUGAGCUGCAUUCUCCAUCACACAUUUUCCAAUCGCAGUCUCUUCUCUUUGUUUACACUCCUCCUCUGUAUCUUUCCCCGACCCACCCACCUACACGCACAGAGUGUGUGUGACUGUGUGAAACAUCAAGAAAAUUCCUAGCCCUAAAAUUCAGAGUUGGUUUUCCCACGAAAAUUCCGAGUUGGUUUUCGUUUUCGGUUUUGCUUUCUUGUUCCAGCUGAUGUGUAUAUAUAUAUAUAUAUAUAUCGGGACUGUUCAACCCAGAAAAAAAAAAAUCUUUCUAAAGAAACCCAAUUGCAAAACCUACAUACAGCCACAAAGGGGUUUUGAGUUUUUUCUUUUGUAAACAAAAUUUGUGAAAUGGCUGAUGUGAUUAAAUUCGCCUGCAAUUCUCAGAGGUUUUAUUCUUCGAUGUCGACUACUUUUUCUUCGUCUUUGAAUUCUUGUCAACGUGUUCUUCCCCCAAAUCAAGGAGCUCGCCGCAGAGGGGUGGUUUCUGUUUCAGACUCUGUUGGUUCUAGCUUUGUUUCUCCGAUUUCCUACAGAACCCGCAAGCAAUUCGGGUCUUUUAAGAUACAUGCAACUGUAACCGAAACAGAGCAGCCCAAAUGGUGGGAGAGAUACGACGGUCCAAACAUGAUUGAUAUCCACUCCACUCAAGAAUUCUUGAAUGCCUUGAGCGAGGCUGGAGAAAGACUCGUUCUUGUCGAGUUUUACGGUACUUGGUGCGCUUCUUGCCGAGCACUAUUUCCCAAGCUUUGCAGAACAUUAGCAGAGCAUCCAGAUAUAUUGUUUCUAAAAGUGAACUUCGACGAAAACAAGUCGAUGUGCAAGAGUUUGAAUGUUAAGGUUCUUCCGUUUUUCCACUUCUACCGUGGAGCCGAUGGACAGCUCGAAUCCUUCUCUUGUUCGCUUGCCAAAUUUCAGAAAAUUAAAGAUGCUAUUGAAUUGCAUAACACGCCUCGAUGCAGCAUCGGCCCACCUAAAGGCAUUGGAGAUGUAAACCUCGGAAGCCCCUCAGUUCCGAAGGAGAAGCUUCCGGAAUCAUCUGGAACAUAGUUCUUCAUUUUACGAUUUCAAGCAUAUUAUUUAUUUAUCGGUAAUGAUGUAUUAUAGCAACUUUUUUCUUCAAGGAAAAUCGAAAGUUUGAUUGAUCAUACUGCUUGAUGCAAUUCUUUGUAUAGGCUUGUCGUCACUUUGUUCUUUUGUAUGUUAAGGAAAUGAUUUCAGGCCAAUUACUACUAUGUUGUGUGAAAAUCAUGGGAUUGGAAUU